GCGGCGUGGGGGCAGCUGCGCUACUCGCUUCCCGAGGAGAUGCCGAAGGGCUCGUUCGUGGGCGACGUGGCCAAGGACCUGGGGCUCGACCUGCCGGCGCUCCGCGAUCGAGGCGCCUUCGUUGUUGACAAAGGUAGGACGCAGUACUUUGUUUUGGACUUGCAAAACGGCCACUUAUCUAUCAAGGAGCGGGUGGACAGAGAAGAAAUAUGCGCCGCUGCUGCUACAUGUGUUAUAAAUUUUGAGAUUCUUGUAAAAAAUCCAAUGAAACUUUACAAAGGGGAGGUACAAGUACAGGAUAUUAAUGAUAAUUCUCCCAGUUUCCCAGAGAGGAAAAGCGUCCUAGAAAUCAGCGAGUAUACCCCACCAGGCACGCGUUUCCCUUUGGAGAAAGCUCAAGAUCCCGACAUAGGAGUGAACUCUUUACAGAAUUACGAGUGUAGCGAGACCCGUUAUUUCACCUUGGACGUGAAGAACGGAGAUGACGGUGUGAAAUAUCCGGAAUUAAUAUUGCAGCGAUCUUUGGAUCGAGAAGAGCAGGCUGCUCAUAAUUUGACUCUGACGGCCACAGACAACGGGAGUCCUAUGAAAUCGGGAUCGACAACAAUCCAAAUCAUUGUGUUAGAUGGAAACGACAAUGCUCCGGAAUUUACUCAGUCUGUGUAUAAGGUGACCGUGAGAGAAGACAUGACCGUAGGAAGUCGCGUGUUGCAGGUGACAGCGACUGACAGAGACGAGGGGCCAAACGCCGAGGUGAAGUACUCGUUCUUUAAAAUCCCGGAAGAGUUCGACAAGACUUUUAAGCUGGAUCCUGAAAGUGGAGAAAUCGAGAUAAAAGAAAAGCUGAAUUUCGAGGAGCAGACAUUUUACGAAUUGCACGUGCAAGCCCGGGACGCGGGAGGACUCUCGUCGCACAGCAAGGUUCUUAUCAAGGUAGCUGACGUGAACAACCACGUCCCCGAGAUUGUCAUCACGUCAGUAUUCAGUCCGGUCCCAGAAGAUACACCGCUGGGGACUGUCAUCGCAAUUUUCAAUGUCCAAGACAGGGACUCGGGGGCGAACGGCGAG